UCGGAGCUGCCGUGGGCUCCGUGCCCGGCGCUGCGUGGGGGGCUGGCCAUGCUGCGAGCAGGCCACGAGCCCAGCGGCGGGGCCGGGAGGUGAGUGGCCCCGGUGCCACGUCGUCCCCGAGCGGCUCUCGGCGAACCUCUCGCUGCUCCCGGCGUCCGCAGAGGGGCAGAGGCCAGGGCGACGUUCCGGCAAGAUGUUCUCCAACACGUUCCGCAGGAGGGGGCUCCCGACCGCUCCCUGGGAGCCUGGCCCGUGGCAGCCCAGACCCCACGGUCCCAGCCCCCAGGACAACUGGUACGAGCCGCCCUGGGAACACCAGCCCUGGAGAGGCAGGCAUAACAGGCACCCGCCUGGUCCCUGGCACCCCCGGCCUUUCCCCGGCCCUGCCAACUUCCAUAGGAUGGAGGACGACAGAGGAUGGGAACCCCAGGACUGUCCCCAUCCGCCACCCCCCUGGGACUACAGAGAAGAGCACCAAAAACCUGAGGAGAACUUUACCGAGGACUCGUACCCGGUGUCGCCACUGUUUGCCCCGGGCUGCUUCGCCUGGUCUGAGUUCCCCAGGGAGGAGCAGCACCCCGCCGACUUCCCAUGGGAGCAAGGAGCCUUCCAGGAAGGCUGCCCGCCCUGGCGCUCUCGUGGCCUGCGUCAGAAACGCUGCCGACUCCUUCGCCGUGUCCAGCAAGACACGUCGGCGUACCACGGCCCGGCCUCUCCCCAGGUCUCCAAAGGGAAGCACGCGUCCUCCAAGUCCUCCCAGUCCUGCCCCCAGGAGAGCCAGCCAGGAGGCAAGGCAGAGCCGCAGCACGCCGAUGCUCCCCAGCCACCUGGUGCCUGCAAAGACAGCGUGCAGAGCAGGGGGCAGGUGGAUGAGGGCCUGCCGGCAGCGAGCGGAGAGGUGCCGGAGACCUCCGAGCCAGCAGCCUCCCCGCAGAAGAGUCCAACCAGUGAUCCUCAGGCUGUGGAGCAGGAGCCAGUGGCAGAAGCAAAGCUGGUCGAGCCAGAAGACGGGCAGAAAGCUGCAGGCAGCCAGGGCCAGGGCCCCUCUGCUUUGGAAACGGAGCCAGCCCUGCCAGAGAACACCUGUACCGGGAAGGAGGAGGACUUUGAGCAGGUAGAGGCGUGCAGCCAAAGCGUCCCCGAGGCCGGAGCAGGUGCUGGGUCACAACCCCACAGCCCCUCAGCCCCUCCGGAGCCUGCUGAGACGGGCAGCGCCGCAGCUAGCCCGGGUGUGGAGGUCUCACCGGGAGCUGCCGCGGAGCCCGAUGCACAGCCCAGCCAGACCGGCUCCGAUGUCUGCACCGAGCCAGCAGCAUCACCUGGGCCAGGGAACCCUCCUGUGGGCGGGACGGAGCUGGCUGCAGGCUGCCAGCCCUCGCUCUGCUCCACGCUCUCCGCGCCCCCCCCGGCCAGCACAGACCUGCGCUCCGCCGCUGUCCUUGCCAGGAAAGAGGAGAUCGAGCUGUCGUACCAGCAGUUCAGCCUGACCAUCGCCGUGGUGGCCACGAUGCUGCUGCAGAAGGAGCCCUCCAUGGAGGCGGCGCUGGGGCUGGCGCUGAGGGCCAACCUGCGCCAGGUGCGCACCCACCACCUCCAGGAGCUGGAGGACUUCAUCGACAGCUACGACUCCGGCACCCCCAGCCCCUGAGACGGGGGCGAAGGUGCGGAGCCCCCUUGUCGAGGUCGAUGUGGUCCUUCCAUCCCUCCUGGAGGUGGAAAGGGGGGUGCUUAGUUCGGGGGGCGGCCAGAAAUGGGUGUUUGCAGGCAGGUAAUGGGGUCACGGGCAGAUUGUCCCCACCCUGGGGUAAGGGAUGAGCCCUACCCGGACCUGAAUUUGCAAGAAAAGAGGGAGCUGGUUUCACUGGAGAGUGGCGGGAGGGAGAGCAGCUGGGGCAGGAGGGAAGGGAGGGCUCCCCCCUUCUGACGGCUCCUUGCUCCCUUCUUGUGGUUUUGUGCUGCUCCAUUAAACGCCAGGCUUUGGUCUUGUUUUUUAAAAAAUAAAAAUAAA